CAUGGAUUACCAGGAUUUCUCUUCUUAAUAUUAAGUUUUGGAAAUUGGUUAUGCAAAGAAGUUCGGAAUAGAAAAUAAUGUCUGCCUUGUUAUUCCGACUUAUGAAUAAGAAAAAUAAAAGUCCAAUUUAGUUGCUAUUAGAAUUUCGAAGGGUUAUGACGAGAAGGUUCUAUUGAAGUACAGAACUCUAAAAUUCUUGACUAUAUUACAACCUGAGUAGUAUUUUUAGACUCAAGAUGAACACUGCCUCAUCUAUGAAAACCUCUAUGAACAUCUUUUUACUUAAGAAAAAUUGUCUAACAUGACUUAAGAACAGGGAUAUAAAUUUCUACUCUAAAUUGUCCUAAGUAUAUUUUUCUGAUAUUUAUAAUAGCAUUUCUUGAAUUAUAGAGAAGAUAAAUCUUUUGGGCACUUAAGUCUAUUAAUCAAAUUUAUUAUAUUUAAGGCAUAAUUUAUUUGUCAUUAUUGGAAUUUGACUUCAAUUAUUUUAAUCAGCAAUUUGACUAUCUUUAAUGCUUCUGGUUCUUUUUUGACUAAUAUUUCAGCUAUAGGUUUUAUGAUGUUGCAUAAUUAAAAUCUAAAUCAAGCUUAGAUGAGAUACUUUAAGAAUUGUUUAUAAAAAAUGGAAACAUUCAUUUAUAAUCCAUGUUGAAUCCUCACUAUGAAAAAGUUCUACAAUAUCUAUUGAAUAUUAAUGUAUUUCAACUUAUAUAUAAUGGGAAUUGUGUUGUAAAAUAAUUUAAGAGAAAUGGACUCUUCUCUAUUUAUCCUAAUUUAACUGAAGAUAUUGUCUAUAAAUCAACUGAAAUUAAAGGUAAUGAAGAAUCAAAAUAAUAAAUCAUAAAGUAAAUUUAGAGAGAUAUUGAAUUGAUGGAAUAAUUCUCAAAUAAAGAUAACGUAGCAUCCUGUUUUGCAUAUUUAAGAAUUAAGGAAUAUGCAUUUAUACUUUACAAGAAGUUUACUGGAACAUUAGCAGAUCGAUUUAAGAAUUGGCCUUAAUAACAAUAAACUAUCGAUUCAAUAAAAAAAGAUGUUUAUGUUACGGCAUCAAGAACUGCAGAUUGUAUAAUUAUUGUUUUAUUUUAGCAUUAAGGAUUUUGCAUGAAAAAAAAAUACUACAUAGAGAUCUGAAACCUGAGAAUAUUUUCCUUGAUAAUGAGAAUAUGUCUGAAGCAUUCAGUUAUGUUGCUGAUUUUGACUGCUCUAAGUAAAUUUAAGAUGAAUCGGAUGUAUAUGCUACCAGAGCUGAUUGCUUUUUUACUCCAAAAUAUGAUCCCCCUGAAAUAUUUUUAACUUUUAAAUAUGAUAUCUUCUAAUUUGGUUUGAUUAUAUAUACACUUGCAAACAAAGGAAAGUAUAUAGGAUUGAACUCGCCAAGGAAUUUAAAAGACAAUGAAUUUGAUUCAUUUUAUAGCAAAGAGGCUGUCAUAAAGAAUUUGUCACCUCUUAAUUAUGAUAGCAGAUUCAUAGAUAUUGUUGCUUAAUGCUUGCUCAAAGAUCCAUAAGAAAGACCUGAUAUUAAAACUGUUUGCAGUUUGCUAUCGAAACUUAAAGCUGAAAAAAAAAUAAAAAUUACGUAAAAUUCUCCCUUUGGGAAUUAAGAUGAAAUUAAUAAUGAAUAGCAACAUACUUUAUAGCGAAGGUCUACAUUAGAUUCAUACUCAGGGGGUAACUCACCGAAUUUGUUCGGCCUUGCUUAAAAGAAUAAUGAAGAUUUCAGCCCAACAAAACCCAAAAUUCGGAUAUUAAGUAAUGAAACAGCCUCAAGCAAAAAUUUAACUAAUUUGUAAUCAUAAUACUAGAACUGCCCAGGAUAAAAUUUAAUUCCUUUUCAAUAACCUUAAUAAGUAACUUAAGCAUAAUAGUCAACAUAACCUAAUUAUUAAUAAUAAUUUAAUUCUCAAAACUAGGGUUAAAUCAAUUUUGUCUCAUAAUAACAAAACUUCAAUUAAAACUAUAAUUUUAAUAAUGUUGCCUAGCCAUAAUAAAAUGGUUUUAUCCCCUAACAAUAAGAAUAUUAAACUAAUAAUCAAUAAUAAUGGGCAAAUUAUUAAUAAUCUUCAUCAUAUAGUCAACAAUAACAAUAAUCAGGAUUUUAAUACUAGCUACCCUAUAAUCCAUAAUAAUAGUAAAUUUUUUAAUAAUAAUUCUAGUAAUAACCAAACAAUUAAUAAUAAUUCUAAUAAUAACCAAACUAUUAAUAAUAAUUCUAGNAGCAUCCUGUUUUGCAUAUUUAAGAAUUAAGGAAUAUGCAUUUAUACUUUACAAGAAGUUUACUGGAACAUUAGCAGAUCGAUUUAAGAAUUGGCCUUAAUAACAAUAAACUAUCGAUUCAAUAAAAAAAGAUGUUUAUGUUACGGCAUCAAGAACUGCAGAUUGUAUAAUUAUUGUUUUAUUUUAGCAUUAAGGAUUUUGCAUGAAAAAAAAAUACUACAUAGAGAUCUGAAACCUGAGAAUAUUUUCCUUGAUAAUGAGAAUAUGUCUGAAGCAUUCAGUUAUGUUGCUGAUUUUGACUGCUCUAAGUAAAUUUAAGAUGAAUCGGAUGUAUAUGCUACCAGAGCUGAUUGCUUUUUUACUCCAAAAUAUGAUCCCCCUGAAAUAUUUUUAACUUUUAAAUAUGAUAUCUUCUAAUUUGGUUUGAUUAUAUAUACACUUGCAAACAAAGGAAAGUAUAUAGGAUUGAACUCGCCAAGGAAUUUAAAAGACAAUGAAUUUGAUUCAUUUUAUAGCAAAGAGGCUGUCAUAAAGAAUUUGUCACCUCUUAAUUAUGAUAGCAGAUUCAUAGAUAUUGUUGCUUAAUGCUUGCUCAAAGAUCCAUAAGAAAGACCUGAUAUUAAAACUGUUUGCAGUUUGCUAUCGAAACUUAAAGCUGAAAAAAAAAUAAAAAUUACGUAAAAUUCUCCCUUUGGGAAUUAAGAUGAAAUUAAUAAUGAAUAGCAACAUACUUUAUAGCGAAGGUCUACAUUAGAUUCAUACUCAGGGGGUAACUCACCGAAUUUGUUCGGCCUUGCUUAAAAGAAUAAUGAAGAUUUCAGCCCAACAAAACCCAAAAUUCGGAUAUUAAGUAAUGAAACAGCCUCAAGCAAAAAUUUAACUAAUUUGUAAUCAUAAUACUAGAACUGCCCAGGAUAAAAUUUAAUUCCUUUUCAAUAACCUUAAUAAGUAACUUAAGCAUAAUAGUCAACAUAACCUAAUUAUUAAUAAUAAUUUAAUUCUCAAAACUAGGGUUAAAUCAAUUUUGUCUCAUAAUAACAAAACUUCAAUUAAAACUAUAAUUUUAAUAAUGUUGCCUAGCCAUAAUAAAAUGGUUUUAUCCCCUAACAAUAAGAAUAUUAAACUAAUAAUCAAUAAUAAUGGGCAAAUUAUUAAUAAUCUUCAUCAUAUAGUCAACAAUAACAAUAAUCAGGAUUUUAAUACUAGCUACCCUAUAAUCCAUAAUAAUAGUAAAUUUUUUAAUAAUAAUUCUAGUAAUAACCAAACAAUUAAUAAUAAUUCUAAUAAUAACCAAACUAUUAAUAAUAAUUCUAGUAAUAACCAAACUAUUAAUAAUAAUUCUAGUAAUAACAAAACAAUUAAUAAUAAUUCUAGCAACAACCAAACUUUUAAUAAUAAUUCUAGUAAUAACCAAACAAUUAAUCGCAAUUCUAGGAAUAAAAUUAAAUUAAUCAAUAAUUACCACCAAAAUUAACAUAAACAUUUAGUACUAAAAAUAUAAAAAUUAUUGGCUACACUUAAACUUGA